UUGUACCUGGUGACAAUGGUGUCACUCGGGGCGUCCAUGUUGGGCCUCGUUUUGACUCUGAUCACGUACUGCAGGUUUCCGGCCCUGAGGACCAUGGCGGGUAUGCACACUGUGCUUCUGUCAGCGACUCUUCUGUGUGCUCAAGCUCUGCUGGUAGCCAGCAGUCACGUGUAAGUACACGCCUUGUAGCUUUGUCUAGGAGAUUAUUUCGGGUGCAUGAUAAAGGGGGAUACGUGUCUACAUUUUCUAAACGUUUUUCUCAAUAUCCCUUGCUACAAAACACUAAUUGUUCAUACACCGCUAUAAUGCAUACAUUUACAGCAAGCACACCGAAAUGUUUCAGGCGAUUAUUAAUGGUGGAUUAAUCAAACAAUGACGAAAGAUAAUUGAAAUAUCAAGAAACGAAGGAAUGCGUAUGUUAAUUUUGGUUUUGGAGCACCUUUGCUGAACAGAUUGACUAGUAAUACAACCAUGCACUUACUUUACACAGGAUAUCCAGUAAUACAACCAUGCACUUACUUUACACAGGAUAUCCAGUAAUACAACCAUGCACUUACUUUACACAGGAUAUACAGUAAUACAACCAUGCACUUACUUUACACAGUAUAUCCAGUAAUACAACCAUGCACUUACUUUACACAGGAUAUCCAGUAAUACAACCUUGCACUUACUUUACACAGGAUAUCCAGUAAUAAAACAUUGCAAUUACUUCACACAGGAAGCCGCCAAGCACAUUGUGUACAACACUCGGCAUUGUGACCCACUUUGUCUGGCUGCUCAAGUUUACCUGGACCUUCAUCUGCAGCUUCCAGAUGCUGCGCGUGUUCACCGCCAAAACUCGCAGCCACGCCCCCACGGGCCGAAAGAGGCGUGUCCGUCUCCUGAAGCUGUCACUCGGGUCUUUGGCUCUUCCCGCCGUUGUGAUUGCAACCGUCAUCUGUUACAGCGGGGUCAGCUCGCACGGGGAGGAGAUCGGAUACGGUUUAACACAAUGUUACCUGGACCAAGAGGUGGUUGUA